AUGACGCUCACCGAAGAGCUGAGGUCGCGCAACUUCAGCAUCUAUGGGCAAUGGAUGGGAGUACUGUGCAUAGUCCUUUGCAUUGCUCUUGGCAUAUCGCAUCUUAUUCAUGCCGGCCUGCUCAUCAUAUUCGGCAUACUAUGCCUCUGCUCGGGCCUCACACUCAUCUUCGUUGAAAUACCCCUGCUCCUUCGCAUAUGCCCGACUUCACCCACCUUUGACACUUUCAUCCGACGGUUCACCACCAACUACAUGCGUGCAGCUAUCUACGGUACCAUGAGCUUGAUUCAAUGGCUUAGCAUCAUCGAAGGACCCACGAGCUUGAUCGCGGCAGCACUCGUGUUGCUGCUUGCGGCAUCCUGCUAUCUCAUCGCUGGACUCAAGGGGCAAGGGUUCGUGGGGAGCAAGACGCUGGGUGGACAAGGUGUUGCACAAAUGAUUGUCUAA